AAUAAAUACUUCUUUAGGUGACACGGGUGACACCUUCUUUUCUCUGACAGAAUUUAAAAUAAAAAGCGCGCACGACGCUUCCACUAAAAAUUUUGAUGCAAAAAAUUACCCGUGUACAUCAAUAAAUUAAAUAACUGUUGUGCAAGUAUGGCCAAAAUGUCGAGUGCCAGAAAUGCGUACAUUUUGCUAACGAAAAAUACAAGCGUUCCAGCAACAACCAUCACAAGGACAAAUACUGUGAUCCCCAAUGCUAUACGCAUACCAGAGAAUUCCAAGAAGGAGAGUACAAAAAUGGCAGGCGUGGGGCCAUCGUCAUUCUUCUGUAUCAGGUCUGCGGAAGGCGAAAUGCUUAAUAACAUACGCAUGGCGAUCACACCCGGUUUCGGCUACGGAUUUAAAACUUACGAAACCGGGAAGCCUUGCAAACCAAACACCACGUCGUCACUAGCUGGCGAUCCUAGACGCUUAACGACUUGCCAAAAUAUUCGAGCUGAAAUACUCGAAAAAUGGAGUAAGAGACCUAAGCCUGACAUCCAAAAGGAAUGGUUGAAAAAUCUGAUGUUCAAUUAAACAAUGAAAUAAACAUAGAAAAAAAUAAAAACUCAUUGACGACUCGUGCUUGUCAAUUGUAAUAAAUAUUUGUGAAAUUGACUAAAAUCGGGCCUUCAUGAAUGAAUGUCGGAAACGCAUUAGAAUAAAUCAGACAAAAUUUUAAAUGCACUUUUGGAAAUGGAAUAUUGUUGGUAUCGAAUAGACAAGUUUUUUUUAAUACAAAAA